AUGACUCCAAAUGAAUCGCGUGGCGAUUCAGACUCUGAUACAAACGAAACGAAGAGAAAGAAUAAGAUCCGUUUACUAGAAACACGCUUGAACGAGAAAAAGAAAACAGUGUCCGACUUAUUCUCAAUUCUCGGUCCUCAUUCUCCUUAUUACAUUGUCAGUUUAACUCUGAAUGCAUUGAUUUUUGGAUUUCACACUCAUUACAAUGGAAUGGAAAAGUAUGUGACAUUCUCUCAUAAGGAUCAUUCAUAUAUUGAUGAACGUGGACGAUUACUUGAACCAGAACAUCCCGAAGUAAUUAAUGAAACUGGAGAAUAUAAAUCAAAUAAUGGAUCAACGGAUUUAUGGACUUUGUUGGUUUUGAAUAAUGUGUCUUCAAUGGUUGGAUGUUUGAUUGCAAUUCUUAUUGCACGAUGGUCUUAUCGUAAAUCCAUCAUCACAUUUACAGUCGUGAUCGUUGCCAGCUUUCUCCUUUCUGAAGCAUUUCUCUUCAAUUUCUUCGAUAGAAUAGCUUUUGUACUUGGAACAAUGUUUUCAAAAACUAUGAGCAUUGUAGCAAUUCAAGCAGCUUUUGACUUGGAAAGUAUCGAGUAUGGGCGAUUGGAUUCUCAUUUUAUCUGACGUAUGCAUUUGUAUUUGUAACUAUUUUAUUGUUCAAAAGAGAUUCAGUCUAUGCGGAGACACAUCUUAUGUUUAUUAUUGUCUCAUUAACAGCUAUAUACGCCUUAAUGUGUCCAUGGCAACUAAUUCACUCAAUUGUUCGAAGAGACGUCUCAAAAGUUCAAAUAAUUCUUGAUAAAUUUGGUAAAACUGAGUAUACAAACUGUGAAGCGCUUGUUGAUGACAUUCUAUACAUUAGUCAAGUUCCAAGGAACGUGAUAGAAUCAAUUUCACAUCUUCGCAAAAUACGGCCAUUCCUCAAAAAGCUUGCAGCUUUGACUUGUUUAAUAACAUUACAAACUCGCCUUCUAAGUGGAGAAGUGGAAAUGAUCAAAAUAAUGUUGCCAUAUUCUCCAUUGGAGAGCAUUUUAUUUUCAAGAAUUGCUGCUUGUUUCUCAUCAAUUUUCACGGUUUUCUGUAUUUUGAAAAGAAUACAGUGUUGCACUGAAGGUCUCGUUUCUUACAUUGACAAUUCUUCGGGUGACAUCUGUCAUAACAUUAAUAUUGAUAACACUUGAACACAUCCCAACUAUUCAUCGUUCCUUUAUUUUUCCAAUCGUAAUGCUUCUAGAUGCAAUUGUUUCUUCAUUGUUGGACGCAGCUCCGUAUGUGAUUACUGAUAUAUACGAUAACCCAUCGUUCAUUCGUCCGAUGCCAAACUAUAAAAACAAAAUGGUUUCUGUUGAAGUGAAGAACGACUUCGAAGAGAAAUUCCGACUUCUCUGUGAGCUGAAAUCUGUUGAGAAAGAAACAUUUGAAAAACAAGAAGAAAAGAAAGGUGACGAAUAUGAGAAGGAGUUGAACAAAUUCUUCCGACAGCGGACUGAAAAAUUAGAAAUCGAGCAGAAACUGAAAGAUCCAAAACUUGACAAAGCCACUAGUGACGAAUUGAAAAAACAAUGGCAGGAGCGAAUAAAUCGCAUCAAGAAGUAUAUUGAGGCAUCAGAUGACAAAUUGAAAGGAUAUGAUAAUCACACCCAGAAGAUUGUUAAGAAGAUUCAUACAAAUCGAAUGACCGAUUAAAU